AUGAUGGGGAAUUUAAAUAGUGUGUCAUAGUUAUUGAAUCCAGAUAAUCCACAACAAAGGAUCAUUAGAAAUAUUCAGUCACAGGAAGGAAUAAAUAAUGGAUAUGGGAAUAAUAGUAGUUUGAUGUAGAAAAUAGGUGUGGAGCAAAGUCCUUUGUUUUCAUAAAGAUCAACCAACCUCUCAAUGAAUAACAGUUCAUUAAUGGGUAUUGACUAAGACAAACUGCAAAAUAUGAUAUCUCUGUAAAAUUUAGGCUAAGUCAAACAACUUUACUCAGAGCUUACGCUUUAUCCAGAUGAUGAGGAAAAAUAAUAAUUACUUGUAAAGGAUGAGCAAAAAUUCAAGAAAAGUCUUAGAAAUAGUAUGGAAGGACUAUUAAAAGUUUUAAUUUGGAGAUUAGAUGGAGCAAUAACACCUGCUGAAUUUACAUAGAUAUAUUUAGAAUGGAUGAAAAAGAGAGAUAUAACUAAUGCCAUUUUAAAUACUUCAUCAAAAAUAGCAUUUUCGAACUUGUUUAAUGAGCAGUAAUAUCUCUUUGAACUGCUUUAAAACUACCUAAAGGAUGCAACUAUUAUUGAAAGUCAUCUACCAAAAAUGCUUGAUAUUUUAACAACAGAAUUCAAUCAAAUAAUUAAAACGCAAAAUUACUUCAAUUAAAUUACCCUAGGUUUAGAUUCUGUUGAAUAGCCUAUUCCUCUAAUCAAUCAAGAAUGGAUCGAUGAAGUUGAGAAAUUGUAUGCUAUUUUGGAUGAUGAAUGCAGAGGUUCAAUAGAUAGUGAUCGCAUUCAAUAUUUUUUAAUGGCUCUUCUACUUAAUGAAAUAAAAAGCUUUAAUAGAGAUGAUAUGAUUUUACUGGUUUAAAAGCAAACAGCAGCUAUAAUGGAGCAUAUGUAUGAGUCAAAUGGAGUUAUUAAUCUCAGAAAUUUUAAGUAGUACCUUUUGAUUCAAAGGCUAAGAAGAGAAGCAGAGAUAUAGACCCUCAAGAGUAAUCUAUAAAAGAUAAAUAGAUACUGGCUUAAAGCCAAGAGAUUAAGCUAGUUUAAACAGUUUCCUAUUAUUUAAUUAAUGAUGUCAAAAUUUCCCUAAACUAAAGCCUAGUCGAUAGCUUCAUCACUUAACGACAAAUAAUUUGACUUAUUUAUAGUAGAAACUAAUUGUAAGUAGUUGAAUGAGAUGAAUAAUAACAGUAUGCCAUCUGAUAAGAAUAUAAAUCAAAAGUUUAAGAUUCUGAAGUUUUAUAUAAAUGAAUUGUUCCAGAUUGGAUCUAUUAAUGAAUAUCUUGAUGGAACUAUAAUCUUAGAUUAGACUUUAGAUGAAUAUGCUGAUAAAAUAUUUAAGACAUUUAUCAAUAAUUGUCAAGCUGAUAUGAACUUAGUAAUAUAAAAUAUCUCAACCUUCAAGUAGAUAUUUGUCAAGGCACUUAAAGAAUACAAAAAUCUCAAUAAUCUUGUAAUAGCUGCAAUAAUAGAUUAGCAUUUGCAAGGAAAUUUGCCAGAUAAUCCAAAAAAAGCAGAUUAAACUUAAGUUGAGACAUAUCAAACAUAAAAUUCACCUCCAAAGAAACCAAAUCUAUCUCCAAUACCAUCGUCAAGUCGUUUAGCGAAUGAAAAUUCAAUCAAGAAUUUCGAUAAUCUUCAAUCAAAUUAGCAAAACUUAUCAUAAAAUAUUCAAAAACGAUAGAGUAACUAGUUUAUUAAUUAGCAAACACCUGAGCUUACUUUUUCACCAAGAGAUAUUCAAAAUAGUGUAAUCAUACCAUCUUCAAAGGGUUCCAAUGCUGAUUCUAAUACCUCUAAAAACUAUUUUAACUAGCAGUAGUAAAGUACAACAUCCAGAAUGAGCAAUAUAAAUUAAGAGUAAAUAAGACAAAAGAGGAUUUCCCACAAUAACAACAACAAAAGUGUGGUACUAGACUAAUAAAAGGCUCCUCUUUAAAGUGAUCUACCUACUUUCUCUAUAGAUCUUAGUAAAUUAUCUAAUGCUACCUAAAAUACAAAUCCAAACAUAAUAACAACGAGCAGAGUAUCUAACAUAAUGCCAGUCUAGUCCUCUAACACUAGUAGAACCUCAAGUUAGAUCCCAUAUGCCUCUGCUAAAAAUGCAAAUAAUUUUUAGAAUUCAUUUUCAUCUCAAUUUUCCCAAGAAAACAUUCAAACUACUUCCAUGGGCACUGCUGCCUAGAAAGUCACUAGAAAUAUUAAUAUAAAUCCAUAUAAUGAUGUGAUUAAGAUAAAUUUGAGCUAAUAUAAGAGAAACGGUACUAAUGAAUCAUUUACUUAGGGCCAAAUUGAUCUAAAAGAAUAAAAUAUAACUCCAGUCAAACAAAGCCUAAGAUAAUAGAUUGAACAGCAAUCUUUAAUUCUUAGUAGCAUCUAAAAAUAAUCUUAAAACACUUUACAAAAGACUAAUGGCUUGUUCAACUACUCCUCACAAAAGAAUACUUCAUAUAAAGAUCAGCAUUAGCCAGUUAAAUUUUCCAAGGUGAUAAGCCCCACUCCAUUAUCUAAUGUCCCUCAUUAGUCCAAAGGAUAAAAUAAAAGAGAUAAUUCAAACAGUAGUUAAUAAAAUACGAAUAAUGGCAAAAGACUGUCUAAUAUCAGUGGGGAUAUGACAUCAAGGUAGAGUUCAAAUAAUUAAAGAUAAAUUAUUGACAAUCCUAGUUCAACUGCUUAAUAACGAAGAAACGGCUAGCAGCCAUUGUAGAACAAUCUACCUCCAAGAGCUAGAACUCCUCUGACUCAAAAUAACAAUGCUUAACAGCGAUAAAAAAGUCCAAUGAAUAUCAUUACCGAUAAACAGCAGAUUUUGAAAAAAACCUCUAACAAUAAUAUUUCUGGUCCAGGAAGCAGUAGUAGUAUAAAUCGUUAAAAUGGUGAAAAGAGUCCAAUUAAUUCUAUUAGGAGCAGUAGCAAUUAUGAUAAAUCACCAAUUCGAUCAAGAAGGGUAGAAAAUUAUGAGGAUGUAAUAGGUAGAUUAAUAUCAUUAAGCAAUAACAAAAAAGUUUGA